GCGAGUUUUUAGACGGAUUAGCCGGUUAGCAAGCCGCGCUCCUUUUUUCUUCAGAGCUAGGUUUUUAUCGUCAUGGCGACGGUGGAGAGUGUUGCAGCGAGCAGCACACACAGUGCUGAGGAUGUAAAACACUCUGAAAAAGAGACAAAUAAAAGAAAAAUUCCCAGAGAUGUUGAGAUGGAUAUUGAAUACCUGUAUGAAGUUGUCCCACAGCUCUCCAGAGUUUUCCGAAUUACUGAUAAAAUUGGAGAAGGUACCUUCAGCUCAGUGUAUCUCGGUGAAGCCCAGAAGAGCGACGGUACAAGGGAGAAGUUUGCUCUGAAGCACCUGAUCCCCACGAGUCACCCGGUGCGCAUCGCUGCUGAGCUCCAGUGUCUCACCGUCGCUGGUGGUAAAGAGAACGUGAUGGGAGUGACGUACUGCUUCAGGAAGGACCACCAUGUGGUGAUCGUCAUGCCCUACGUGGAGCAUCAGGCUUUUGUGGACAUCGUAGAGACACUGAGUUUCGAGGAGGCGCGUCAGUACAUGUAUCAUUUACUCAAAGCCUUGAAGCACAUCCACGAGUUCGGGAUCAUCCACCGCGACAUCAAGCCCACUAACUUCCUGUACAACCGUCGGGAGAAAAAGUACGCGCUGGUAGAUUUCGGCCUGGCUCAGGGAACACCAGACACACACAUUGAGCUGCUAAAGGUGGUGAAAUCUCAGAAAGCUCAGAAAGACUCACACGGGAAACAGGCGCUGGUUCCUUUACCCCCGAACACCAGGAGCUGCACACCGCACUCGUCCACUAAAGCGGCGGUGAAGAGACCGUCUCCACAAUCGCGCACUAAACACACCAAGGAGCUGAUGGGACUUUGUAAAACGCCCCGUUCCGUGUUCGGAGAGCGAAACCUCAACAGUAUAACCCCUCAGACAGAUCAAACCCAAGGACAUGGGAUCAAACCUACAAAGACGGACGACAUCAUUGCACGCAAGUUUGUCUCCACGAAACGGCGCCCUCUUCCUGCACGGGCACUGGGGCCAACAAGCCAAAAGACAAAACCUGUGGCAUUUAACCCGUCUCUCACCUGUAACUGCUACAUGACCGACCGCGUCUGCAACAUCUGUCUGUCCAGGAAGCAGCAGGUGGCACCGCGAGCAGGAACGCCAGGAUUCAGGGCCCCUGAAGUUCUGACCAAGUGUCCUGAUCAGGGAACUGCUAUCGACAUGUGGUCGGCCGGCGUCAUCCUUCUCUCCCUCCUGAGCGGCAGGUAUCCGUUUUUCAAGGCCAACGACGACCUGAUGGCCUUGACUCAGAUCAUGACUAUCCGCGGCUCGAGAGAAACCAUUCAGGCAGCUAAGAAAUUUGGCAAGGCAGUGGUGUGUAGCCGUGAGCUUCCCCGACUCGAUCUGAGGAUCCUGUGCGAGACGCUGAGAGGAGUGCGGCCCUGCGGGGACGAUUCGCUCCCACUGGAGUUCCGAUCCUCACGUCAUCCUGCUGACGGUAAAAAAGCGCCUCCUAGUGGCCGAGCGGAGAAACUGAGUAGCGCGGAUACACGGGACGCCACGGAAUUGCACGUGAUGGGAUGGGACCGAGUUCCUGAUGAGGUUUAUGACCUGCUGGACAAACUGUUAGAUCUGAACCCAGAGACGAGAAUCACCGCGGCAGCAGCGCUGCAGCACCCUGUGUUUAAAGAUAUCAGGGAUUAAUCAAUGUUUUGUUUAUGCUCGAGUUCUGUUUGUGUGACAACUGUUAUAUAAAUAUGAGGUGCCAUAGUUUUGUAUUAUAGUGUACAAUAAAUAUAAAUGUA